AUGACGUCCUUCCCGGAACAUUUCAAUGAUACUGUGGUGAAGGCGUACGAGGAAGGAUUUCCUCUUCUGAUGCCGAGAUGGGGAUACGUGGCUUCGGCAUUUGUACUGUUCUUGAUCGGGUUCUUUGGCUUCUUCCUGAACUUGAUGGUCAUACUGCUGAUGUUUAAAGAUCGACAGGUUAGUUUAUAUCUCAAUCUGAUGUUUAUAUCUCAGUAG